AAUAGACAUUGCAUGUGAACGAAGCCUUAGACUGAUCCAGCUAGUAAGAUGUGUUAAUCUGAAUGCAGUCUUAGAUUCGUCUGUGAGAUAAAAGUUUGACAUUUGGUCAGACACAAGUGAAAGUGGUUAUUAUCUGGUUGAGAGACGAGGUAGCCCUGCAUACAGCUUAAUAGCCCAAACAUUUGAGGAGUUGAGGACUUCAAAUGGGCUGUUAUCCCUCCACAUCUUUCAGGGUGCAUAUACAUUAAUAUUGUACACUAGACUGUAGCUUCACUGGGACUUGGCUUGUAUUUUUAAACAUUUGUAAACAAAAUGGCAAAGCAAAGUCACAACUGAAAAAGAUGUGUGCUUCUUAAAAAAGUAAUCUGUUAUGUCAUUAUUAAGGUGUCUUAUAUACACAAUUUUUUCAUGUUCACAUCUGUAUUACAUACAUUGUCAUAUAAUAUGCCUUGGCACCCACAAUCAGUUAUACAAGGAUUAUUCUGGUCAGGAUUCCCAUUAGGGAAAUCAGCAUUAUUCACACUCCCUUAAUAAAUGGUACCUCCUGGUGGCCUUCCAAAAAAAAAAAAAAAAAAAAAAAAAAUUAACUAUGAUUUUUACUAUUGAUUCUGGUGAGUGGUUAACCACAUGCAGUAUUGACUAAAUUAUAUGUUUUGAAAAGUACCAUUGUCCUGUCAUAGUGAUUUUAUAUGUGAUUGUACAAGAUGAAGCAGAAAAGUUGGCUUGAUGAGACAACAAUGCAUGACCAGACUGCAAACUCAUUACAAAUGGCUGCAGGCAGGUAUGGCAAUCACCAGUUUUAUUGAUGAAAAAGAAAACAUUGGGGCUUGGAUCAUAACAGUAGAACAACACGGUAGGGUUAAUUAAUACAUGCACCAAACUGGAAGCAGCAGACGUUAAUUGAAACUUGAAUUGAAUCCAGGGCAAGGUGAAAGUGAUUUUGUAGAUAUAUACCUGUCAUCCCCCAUGAGUCAGCCUCUGCAGUCUUUUUGUCAUGAGCACAUCUCAUUAGCCACACGUCAAGGAGAUGCGCCGGUUUACCUGAAGAUUAAGAUCCACUACUUCUUGUUCCAUUUAACUCAGUUCAGUGGAGCACAGUGACUGAAUAAUGGACAAAUAUUGAUUGCAGACACCUUUACAAUAUGGGUAAUUUGAAGUCCAAAAUUUUGAAGAGGGACAAAGAAAGGCAAAAUGCUAAAAACAAAGGCAAAGAACUGGUUGAGGCUGCAGCCAAUGGACGUUUAUCAGACCUUGACAUAAUAGUCCAGGAUGAAGAAUACAAGGAUGCUGUCUGUGGCAAAGAUGGAUUCACAGCUUUACUUUUGGCUUCAUCAAAAGGUUAUGCUGACUGUGUUCUCCAUCUUCUUCAAGCUGGGGUUAACUUUAGAUAUAAUGCAGAAUGGUCAGAUACCACCCCCAUGAUCAUGGCAGCAGAGCAGGGGCAUGAGGUUUGCCUUCAAAUGCUAGUCCAGGCAGGAGCCGAUGUAAAUGAAGGGAAUAAAACAGGACAGAUGCCAUUACACCAAGCUGUGACAGCAGGAGCAUUAGAGUGUGCAGAAAUCCUCCUUAGCAAUGGUGCAGACUUGAACAGCAGAGAUGCCAAAGGAGAAAUGGCACUUCAUAUUGCUGCUAGAAAUGACUUUGAUCAAAUUGUUGAACUGUUAAUAGAUCACUACGGAGCUGACAUAAAUGCGCAAGAUAAGGAUGGGGCCACUCCACUGCAUGCUGCGUGUGAUGCUGGGGGCUAUGAGUGUGUAGAAUUACUCCUCCAUCAUAAAGCCAAAUAUGGCAUUGUGGACAACAAUGGCACCACCCCACUGUUCAGAGCUUUAGAAGCUGGCAAGAUUAGUAUUGCCUUUCUACUGAUGAAGGAAAUAUUUGAUGUAGAACUCCCUAAUGGCUUGCAAGUGUGUGAAAAUCCCUUUGGGGUUCUAUUUCACAUCGUAGAACAUGUCCUGAAAACACAAUUUUCUGACGAACUCCAUGUUAUCUUGAACCAUCUUCUUUUCUACCACGAAAUAGAUCCGGAGUCAUUACGCUGCAUCUUUGUCCCGGUCAUAAAAUCCAUAGAUGUUACAGCCCUUAAUCACUUCUACUCAGAUAGCUGGCCCAAAAUAUUUUGCAGCCUUGUCAUAAACAGAUUCUUUUUCAUCAUCAAAACUCUGACAGUGGCUGGACAGGAGUGGCUGGGCCAGGAGAUGCACUUUCUGCAGAGUAACAGUCCUGGGUUAUACCGCUGGGUGCUGGCCCACCAGGAAGGCAUCCCCAGUCUCCAGCACCUCACCCGUCUUCACAUUCGCAGGCAACUGGGCUGUAACAUAGGCUUUGGUGUGACAAAACUCCCACUGGAGCAGCACCUUAGAGACUACAUCAUGUUGAAAGAAUGUGAUAUGUUCUGAUAUUUUAAACAUAAAAUUGGACUCUUAGUGACAGGGCUAGCUGGGUCUGGACUAGCUUGUUUUUAACUGUUGUGCUGCCUUCUGUACAUUGUCAAAAGAUUUUAAGUGCUUUACUUUGCUUAACUUUGAUUUGAGGUACUGUCUCUUAAGCAUUGGAGUGAAACAAUUGCAUUUUGUAUCCAUAACAAAAUUCAGGGUUCAUAUUAAAAGAUGCAUACAAAGUAACUUUUUUGUCACAAAAACCGACCAGAUGUCAGCAUACAGUUUCAAGUAGUAUAAC